AUGAGCAAAUCUUUGGCUGUGUUGGCAUUUGAGUCAUUGUGCUCCAAAUUGAAAUCAUCUUCUCGUGCCCGACUCGCUGAUAUUAGCCAAUCUUUGGGCGAGUCGCAAACAUACCCCUCGAAAGCUCCACUAUUCAUCACCUGGAACAAAAAUAACACACUAAGAGGAUGUAUCGGCACGUUUCUGUCUGUGGAAAUCGAAUCCGGAGUUGCCGAGUAUGCGCUUAUAAGCGCUUUUGAAGACUCUAGGUUCCCACCCAUUAAGGAAUCGGAGUUGGACAAACUAAGCGUGAGUGUGACUCUUUUGGCCAAUUUCGAGCCCAUUGACGAUUGUCAAGACUGGGAAAUUGGUGUGCACGGCUUGAAGGUACAGAUCCAGGCCAAUGGCCGCUUUUACCUGGGCACUUUUUUGCCCAGUGUGGCGGAAGAGCAAGAGUGGAACAAAACGGAGACUUUAUGGUACUUGCUUCGCAAGGCUGGAUACAAUGGGGUCUCCGAGAAGGAAACAACUCAAUUUUACUCGCAACUCAUGUCCAGUGGGAAAAUCAACUUGACUCGCUACGAAGGUUUGAAAUGCGGUAUGGAUUACAAGGAAUAUGUCACAUUAAAGUCUAAGAUUGUAUAG